AUGGACAUCAUGGAUUGGAUUGCUUCUCUCACCAACUGUUGCGGAGGGCCUAAGGCUGGAAGCCAUGAAAAUGAAGCAGGAGGGCAUCUAAUCAGCGGCCCGAAGCCAGGAGCAAAGAUCGGAGUCGGCAUCAUCUUCCUUGCGCGAGAGAAGAGCCAGCAGCUGAUAGUCGCUGGCGUCGCUCCAUCCAGCCCGGCUGAGCUCUGCAACGAGAUUGUUAUCGGUGAAGAGCUGGUGUCUGUCGACGGAGCAGACGUCAAGUGCAUGAGCCCUCUGACACUGCGCGACUACAUGCUGGGACCUGUUGGCUCUAAGGUUCAGCUUGGCUUCCGACGGCCCGACGGGGAUGCGCAUGAGCGAGUGCGUUACGUGACGUUACAGCGAAGCUGGAACAAUCACCUCGGACAGAAAGUUUUGAUCAGUGAGAUCGACGCGAUCUCGUCUCCUUCAACUUGA